AUGAUAUGGACAUUUCACUCCAGUUUGUGCUAUUUUUUAACUCUAAUUGACUUGUUGAUAUGUCAUUCUAGAAUUUUGUUGUUUCUGUUGGAACCUAUAUUAUCAAUUUUACACCUUGCAGAAUUUAUGACUAACAGGUUACAUGCUGGUUUCUUACUGUUUAGGUUUCGACGCUGGACAUUUGAACAAAAUCAUAUACUGGAGACUGCUUGUAUUAUAAUAGAAGGUAAACUUACCAAUCGAACAGAGUGA